AUGAGCAGCAGGAACGACGGUGAGCUCUCCGUCGUCGUCGACAGCCAUGACCAUGACCAUGGUACGACCAGAAGCAGGGGCGACGCCGACUCAGAGGAAGAUGAAGGGUGCGGUGACCGGGAGUCUUUCUUCCAGUGCAUGGACAAGGAGGAGCCCUCGGGCGUGGAGCUUGCAGAUGACGCCGGGGAAGAGUUCCCCUCAGACGAGGACGGGGAUGGCGACGCCAUCCGCGUCUCCUUCGCCACUGCGGUCGGUGACCUCCUCCUCGAGGAGCAGGCCGAGCUGGACCUGGACGAGGAGGAGGAAGAGGACAUGUCCAGGUAUGACUACGGCAUGUGGAUGUCGCCAGAGCCCAUGUCCAUCCAGGAGCGCCGCCGCCGGCUGCUCCAAGGGAUGGGGCUCACCAGCGGCAAGGACCUUCUCCGCAGCCGCAACGCGCGGACGAGGCUUCCUCCUGUCAUCCCCCGCGACGUGCCCCGGCGACAGCCGCAGCCUGUGCCGGCGCCCGCCGUCGGGGACGACGCACCGAGCACAGCGAGCCCUGCGCCGACGGUGGCUGUAACACCUCCCGAGAUCGCGAAACAUCAGCCCAACGCCGUCCUGAUGCGGUGCCGGUCUGACAGCCGCCUUGCAGUCCGAGGCGGCGCCGCGAGGAAGCCACCAACGUUCCGCCGCGUGUACUCAUUGCCACACUCGCUGCACGGCUCGCCGGUUCACAAGGCUCUCCGCGCUGCUGCUCGGUGUCCGUUGCCAUCAGCGGCGUCAAAAGACGAAGGAAUCGGCAACGGCAACGACACGGGUGGCGGCUUCACAAUCAAGAACCUGGACAACGGCAAGGAGUUCGUGGUGAGCGGUCAAUUCAACGACCCCCAGAGCGGCGCGCAGCUGAGCAUAGACGAGUUCGAGCGGUUCAUCGGCUACACGCCGCUCGUGAAGCAGCUUUUGCGCCGCAGCCAGAGCCAGCCGGUGCCGGCCGGGGCGGCCAAUGGCGGCGCAAAGACGGGGAAGAAGAAGAAAACACGUUGGCUCAAGAACAUCAAGCUCGUCGCCUCUGUCGCCGGGCUCAGAAACGAGAAGGAGAAGGACGGCAACGGCGGCAGCCGGUCGGCGCGAAUGUCCGCAGUGACCAUGUCCAAGUCGGCGUCAGCUAACGCCACCAUGGAGUCGCCAGCCGCCGGGUCCGAGCGGCUCAAGGUGCACCACUACGGCAAGUCGAGCAAGGAGCUCACGGGCCUGUACAUGCGGCAGGAGGUGCGCGCGCACGAGGGCUCGAUAUGGAGCAUCAAGUUCAGCCCCGACGGCCGGUUCCUCGCCAGUGGUGGCGAGGACCGCGUGGUGCGCGUGUGGCUGGUCGUGGACGCCGAUGCCUCGCCGUCGUCCGUGGUGCAGGAGCUCUCGGCCUCGCUGCCGCCGCCCCCUCCACUCGGCGACCCGGGCUGCGGGUCGGUGGCGCCGGGGCUGGCGGCACAGCUGUCCAAGAAGGUGAGGAGGGGGAAGAGCAGCAAUCACGUGCUCCCGGAUCACGUCGUGGUGCCGGAGUCCGUGUUCGCGCUCGCUAAGCAGCCAGCGUGCGCGUUCGAGGGCCAUCUGGACGACGUGCUCGACCUCUCGUGGUCCAAGUCGCAGCAACUGCUGUCAUCGUCCAUGGACAAGACGGUGCGGCUCUGGGACAUGGACACCCAGACGUGCCUAAAGCUGUUCGCGCACAACGAUUACGUUACCUGCGUACAGUUCAACCCGGUGGAUGAUGGCUACUUCAUCAGCGGCUCGCUGGACAGCAAGGUCCGCAUCUGGAACGUGCUGGAUCGGCAGGUCGUCGACUGGAGCGACCUCAGCGACAUGGUUACCGCGGCGUGCUACACCCCGGACGGCCAGGCUGCGAUCAUUGGGUCACACAAGGGGAGCUGCCGAUUCUACAAGACAACGGGUUGCAAGCUCAACCAGGAGGCGCAGAUCGACAUGAGCAUAUCGAAGAAGCGCAAGUCGCAGGCGAAAAAGAUCACUGGAUUCCAGUUUGCGCCGGGGAACCCGUCGGAAAUCUUGGUCACGUCGGCGGACUCGCAGAUCCGGGUGUUCAACGGUAUCACCGUCCUCCAGAAGUUCAAAGGGUUCAAGAACACCAGCAGCCAGAUCUCCGCGUCCUACACCGCCGACGGCCGCUACGUCGUGUGCGCCAGCGAGGACUCCCACGUCUACGUCUGGCAGCGCGGCGGCGCGCCUGGUGGCCCUGGCGGCGGAGGCGCGGGGGGUGGCAUCGGCGUCAGGGCCAAGACAUGGCUCACCAGCCGGUCCUACGAGUACUUCUUCUGCAGGGACGUGUCCGCGGCAGUGCCGUGGCCCGGGUCGCCGUCCAGCGUCCGCGGCGGCGACGCGUCCUCCCGGAGAGGCAAGAGCGACGGCGCCAGCACCACGAUGCCCAAAGAGCAAGGCUCGUCGCGAUCCGCCGCCGACGCGGGCAGCGGCAUACCGCGCCGUCCCAAGUCUGGGCCGAUGACGUAUCCCGGCGGGCAGCUGCCAGCGGACCUGUCGCGCCGGGAGCCGUCGGCGCGGUGGCACGGCGGCGCGGAGGGCGGGAACGCGUGGGGGAUGGUUGUGGUGACGGCGAGCCGAGGCGGGGAGAUCAGGGUGUACCAGAACUUCGGGCUGCCUCUCGGGAUCAGAGGCCAGAGGAAUCUCUUCCACUAA